UGGAGAUAAAAUGCUAUGUGUCAGACCAAAUCAGCUCAUUCCACUGAAGCACAUCUCAGUUGCAGCACCAGCUACUAGCCUGCUGACAACAGAAGAAGCUUUCUUGUGAGCUGGGAUAUGAAUAACUCAACCGACUACUGGGUUGAGGACGAGGAGGAUGACCUCAACUCCGGUGUAGAUUACAACACGUACGAGUUUCUCUGUGAGAAACACGCUGUCCGAAAUUUCAGUAAGGUGUUCCUCCCUGUGUUCUAUGCAGUGGCUUUCACUGUUGGAGUUGCUGGAAAUUCGUUAGUGGUGGCAAUUUAUGCCUAUUGCAAGAAACCAAAGACAAAGACGGAUGUGUACAUCAUGCAUCUAGCCAUUGCUGACCUACUCCUGCUCUUCACACUCCCUUUUUGGGCUGCAAAUGCAGUGCAGGGAUGGGAACUUGGAAACUCAAUGUGCAAGCUGACUUCUUCUCUGUACACCAUGAAUUUCAGCUCCAGCAUGCUGUUCCUGGCCUGUAUCAGUGUGGAUAGAUACGGGGCCACUUCGGAAUCCCAGAGUCAUAGAAGAACUGGUAAACGCUGCAGCCUGACCUGCAUCUGUGUGUGGCUGGCUGCCAUCUUCCUCAGUAUCCCUGAACUGAUAUUUAAUCAAGUCAAGAAACACAACGACAGGAAUGAAUGCUUUCCCGUAUUUCCAGUGAACAUGGAAACGCUCUUAAAAGCGACCAUUCAAAUCCUGGAAAUCAUCCUGGAAUUUCUGCUUCCUUUCCUGGUAAUGCUGAUCUGCUACUCGGCUACUGCUCGAGCAAUCUUCAGAUCUGCAAACACUAAAAAAUCCAGACCUUUCUUAGUCCUGCUGGCAGUGGUGGCUGCUUUCAUUAUUACCCAGCUACCUUACAACAUCGUUAAGUUCUGGCGAGCCAUAGAUACCAUCUACAUGCUGAUUACUGACUGUGAGGCAAGUAAAAGCAUAGACAUUGCACUCCAGGUGAGCAAGAGCAUCGCUUUGUCUCACACCUGCCUGAACCCCCUUCUCUAUGCCUUUCUGGGUGCCUCUUUUAAAAUGCACAUUAUGAAAAUAGCAAAGAAUUAUGGGUACUGGAGAAGACAACAACAGAAUGGAAGACCUGAAGAAAUUGCUAUGAAUGAUGAAGACCCUACUGAAGAAACUAUUAGUUUCACUAUAUAGUUCACACUAUAUAUGUGACUUUCAUUAUCUUAUGUAACCAAGGGAAUUAUUUACUCAUUCUGCGGGUGUUGAUUCAGCAGCUGUUUCUCUGCAAGUCAACUUUCAGACAAAUUUCUGAACCUGCAGAGUAGCCAAGACACUACAGUGAAGUUGAAAGUGGAAGGUGUUGAUCAAAGUUAAACAUCAGGCAAGAACAAAGUACUGACAUUCCUCUAAACAACUAGAGAGAGUUACUAAAAAAAAACCCCAAAACCCUAAGGACAGCUAAACCCAAACACCUAAAAAUAACCCAAGGUUUAAAUUGAAGUGUGUCCACCUGGAUGAGCUCCUGUGUGACCUGCUCUAGGAGGUCCUGCUCUGGCAGGGGGGUUGGACUGGAUGAUCUUUUGAGGUCCUUUCCAACCCUUAAGAUUCUGUGAUUCUGUGAUAAUGCUAAGCAAUUAAAUAGCUGUGUAAUGAACAAGCUGUACAUUGUCUCAACACCUUAUUAAAUCAGAAGACACCAUCAGCUAUGAAACAGCAGUACAGUAACUUUUGUAGCAAUAGUUAAUACUCUUGUGUUUCUCCAACUGCUUUGUAAAACUUUGGAACAUUUGCCUAGUAAGUCAGUUCCAUUUUUUUCCCUCAUGUUUUCCAUGGAUACCUUCACAACUUGCAGUGAAUGUGAGUUCAUUGCUCAGGAGACAGAGAGAGGGGGAAAAACCCACCAUUCUCUAUGUGUUUCCACAUAUGUAUAGCAACAACAUCCUCCACAAAAACCAGUAACUCCUCUGUAACUACCAAAAAGGACCCCUUACCUCUCCUUUCAUGUUCAGCCUAAACCUCAACGAGGCCCCUGAGGCACAUUCUAGAUUUCUAAAUGCCAAGGUAGUGCAGUCAAAGCAUUAGUAGAAGUGUAAGAAAAAAGUUAAUGUUCAGGUGCAGGGCCUUUAAUUUCUAGUGAGAUUUUGGGAAAUGAAUCAAACACUGCAACAGCUGUGUCUGCUAAAAUGUAUGAAGAUACAAUUAAAAUAAUAAAUAAAGAGAA